AUGUAUAUAGAGUCUAGGUAUAGGUUGAGGUCGAGUAGUGCCCAUGUGGCGUAUGGCUGUAUGCCGAUGUGGAGAGCGCCGCCGCCGCGUACGAGCAGCGGCUGGUGGCUCACGGUGGCUGCGUCUCAGGCAAGGCUGGCUGGCGGCCAGUCGCUGCCGAGGGGCGUGCUGCUGGCUCAUCCACCAAUAAGCUCGUCUGGUCCCCUGUUCUGGAGGCUCUCCGAUAUUUCUCUAGCUCGUGGCGUCGCCGUGGUGGUGAAGACGAAGAGUAGAAGAGAUGGAGAACCAGAUCGGGUCAGUGCUCUUAUCCGGUGGCUGUUUGGGAGUGGCCUUGGCGCCAGCUACGGCGUUCGGCGGCCGGCCGGCUCCAUCACGUCAUCGUACAUGCUGGCCGAAGGGCGGCCUUUCUACUUCUUCCUCCCGGCCAAGAUGCCUAAAGGGAGGCAGCUCAUCUUCUGCACGGAGUCUAUGGCGUGGUGCCAUGGAAGCUUAGUUGUCCCAAGUGGCAAUGUCCCCGGCGACGGCGAAGUUACGGCCGUGCAGAAGAUGUCAAGGACCCGAUUGCUUUUCUUAUCUGGUUGUUGGGGUCCUCUUUGUAAAAGACAGGGACCAGUGUGUUAUUUGCAGUUAGUUCUGGGUCCGUCUGUAAAAUGCUGUGUACUUCAUGUUCAGUGUUAA